UAACCAUAAAAAUAUUAUAUUUUUUAAGGGAGAGAAAAGUAAGCUGACUAUUGCCAAGCGCAACUGUACAGUAACUGGCGCAGAACCACAAAGGGAAGGCUCUAAUAACUACCCAAAACAGAGGGAAAAUCUCACAAACAAACAACGGUCAUAUUUGCGCCCACAAGCCAGCCUUGGAUUUUGUCUUAAGCCAGUCACGGGCAAAGCAAACUCAAUUGCCAGUUUCCCAAUUCUUAUAACUCAUUCCCUCCCUCUCCUUCUACCCAGUUCUAUCUGCUGCAAACAAAGCAAUCUCCUAUAUCAGCAAUGGCUCCCCUUCCAUCCUACCCAGAAUCUGUCACCACUAUCAUAUCUACCGUUGGCCACAACUUCCGUGUGCUUCUGUCAAGCCCUGCCAUCCGCCGCACCCUCCAGCUCCAUUGCACUUCUAAACUUACAAUUCCUAACAGCAGAUUCUUCGAAUUCUUUGACCAUUCGAUCCUCUCAAGCCUCUAUUGGGGCAUUGAGACCAUUGAAAUAGCCAUCAAUACCGACUCAGCAAAAGAGCAAAAUACCCUCCUUGCUAACUCUGAGAAGAUGCUGCAGGUUCCAGCAAUGCUUGAUGAGGAUGCAACCACAGCAGGCAAAUACAUAGUCUGCUGUUCCUACUUCCACUUGGCACUUAUCAGGAUGCUCUGGAGUGAUGAGUGGCAGAUGGCGAUGCAUUUUCUUCAAGCAGUCUUGGUGCUACCGAGCUGUGUAGAAACAGAACUUGCUCCAGAAUUGUAUGCGAGCUUAUUCAAUUCUUUGGCAACCAAUGGAGGUGAAGAAGCAGCAAGACAACAGGCAAGGAGGUACAAGGACUCUCUAAUGUUCUACCAAGUGGUCUGCUGUGAUAAAUCAAGAAUAAAUCAGUUUAGAGGCUUCUCGAGGAGCAGAUUUCUCCAAACAGAUGAACAAGAACCUACAUUAGCAAUCCUCAUGGAUGUUAAGAAAGCCAACCACUUAGAUCCCAGUUAUGAUAUGGGCAGAAAGAACAUUAUGGCUAUUGUGUCUAACUCUGCGGAGGAACAUGAUUCUGCUGAACUUAACAACAGGAGAACUGCGGAUGAAAGUUUUGACACAAACAUCAAGGAUAGUUUAGACAUAAGACUUCUACAAGAGAUGCUAGAGGAGUCACACUCAGAUUCAUCAGUUUCCACGCGCUCAGAUUCCACUAUAGCAAGUGAAUCAGAGUUCCUGAAUCAGUUAUGCAUAACCAAGGGAGGUCCAGGAAAUGUCUUCUUUGACAAUGAAGAUCCUUCAGCUGCUAAUAUUACUGACAGUUCUGCUCUCAGGUGUACUUUAUCUUGUGAUCCAAUCGGUUCUCUAAGUGAAAUACCAGCCCCAGACAAUGAAACAAAUGGUAUGCAAUUAUUAUCAUACAGAGCGAAUGGUUCCCGGACUUACCGGAACUUUUCAACACUGUAUUCCAGAGUUGUGGAUACAAAUUCUUACUUUGACUACCAAAGAGAAGAAUUUUUUUCUAGAACAUCAUCACCAAGCCAUGAUGUCAGAUGCUUGAGCAGUAUUACAUCAAAAUUCCAAAAAAAAUAUCAUAUUUCUGAAUUGAUUCAUCAUGAAAGUUUUGCACAAAAGAAUAAGAAAAUCUCCAUUACUGAGAAAGACUUUAGUGAAGAUAGCUCACCUUAUCAGAAUGCCAGAGAACUUCUACAAGAAUUUGAAAAUGUCAUUUUGUCUUUAUGCGCCUCAGAGAAUUCAUGGAAUUGCGACGAUGUCAAUUGGGAAAUGAAUACUAUGUGGAAAAUGCUGCAUAAUAUCCCUGUGCUGAAAUACAGUUCAGCAAAGCAGGAAAUGCUCCAACAGCUUCUUAAGAACCUAUCAAGUUCUAAAAGAGAGAGUGAAGUGAGGGCUUCAGUAUCCAUAUUAUUGGGCCUCAUAUCUGUAGACAAGGCAAUUAUAGAUGAUAUUAAAAGAGAAAACUCUCAUCUGUAUAAUCUAGCAACUGCAUUGAAGAGAAAUGUGCAUGAGGCUGCAAGUCUUAUCUAUUUGCUCAAUCCUUCACCUUCUGAGCUUAGAAGUUUAGAACUUCUACCAUAUUUAGUAGAGGUUGCGUGCAGCUCAAACAAGGAAAAACAGGGAAUGAGGUCUCUAUCCAUCACACCUACGUCAGCAUCUAUAGCCAUGAUUGAAAUUCUUGUUACGGCAUUUGAUUAUGUUACAAAUAAUAUGCACUUGACAGCUAUUAGUUCUCCUCAGGUUCUCACUAAGUUUGUGAAUGUUGCAAUGAAAAACAAAAUCAGUGAAGGUGUAGCCUUGACAACUAUUCUCAUGAGAUGCAUGCGACUUAAUGGAAAUUGCAGAAAGUUUUUGUCUCAGGUUACUCCAAUAGAUCCAUUUAUUCAUCUACUAAGAAGUAACAAAAUGAUUGCCAAAUCAGCUGCACUCGACUAUUUCCAUGAAUUACUCCUCAUGCCAAGGUCAUCAGCAAUUAGACUACUACAACAGAUACAACAAGCGGAGAGAACCAGCAUCGAGCCAAUCCUACUAGCAUUUGUCAAACAAGUCAAAAAUGAGAAGCAACUCUUAGCAGCAAACCUUCUUCUUCAGCUGGACAUAAUGGAAGGAACAAAAUGUAGAAGUAUGUUCGCAGAAGCAGCAAUAGGGGCCUUACUAGAUUCAGUUGAGACAGGAGAAAAUCCAAGCUUGCAAUCACUAUCUUCAUUCAUCCUUUCAAAUAUCGGAGGAACUUUCGCCUGGACAGGAGAAUCAUACACCGCAGCCUGGCUCUUAAAUAAAGCAGGAUUAAAGGAUUCAUUUCAUAGAAAUCUGGUCAAAUAUGUCGAUUGGCUCGACCCUUGCUUACAGGAUUCUGAAAUCUGUGCCUGGAAUAGAAGGGCAGCAAAAGUAAUCUUAAAAUCUAGGAGAUCUGCCUUCUGUGCAUUAGCAAAGGGUAUGCGAAGCCAACAACAGAGUGUUCGAAGGAAUUGCAUCAUAACUAUUGCAUGGCUUGGAAGUGAAAUGGAGGUUAUUCGGUCAAGAAGACUAAGGUAUUGUGCUUGUGAAAUUUUGCUGGAUGACAUUGCUUCCUUUCUUCAUCCAGGAACACAGCUUGAUGAAAGGGUGAUAGCGUGUCUGACCAUCUACAAUUACACUUCUGGUAAAGGUAAGGAGAAAUUGCUUAACUUCUCAGAGGGAGUAAGAGAAUCAUUGAGACGCCUCUCCGGCAUCACUUGGAUGGCUGAGGAAUUAUUAAAUGUUACUGAUUAUUUUCUUCCCACUAAACCAAGAGUUUCCUGUGUACACACACAAAUUUUGGAGAUAGUCAACAUUGGCAAUGGAUCUGUAACUGCUCUUAUCUUCUACAAGGGCUACUUGUAUUCAGGUUUCUCCGAUGGUUCAAUUAAGGUUUGGGACAUCAAGGAGCAGCUGUCUGUGCUUCUGUGUGAGGUCAAAAUGCACAAAAGGUCUGUUACUUGUUUCAGCAUAUAUGAACCAGCUGACAGCCUUUUAAGUGGAUCUGUUGAUAAAACUGUCCGGGUUUGGAAAAUUAUACGGAAUAGGUUGGAAUGUGUUGAAGUAAUACAAGUAAUGGAACCAGUUCAACAUGUGGGUGCUUGCAAUGAAAAUAUCCUCAUAGUCUCACAAAGCCGUGGUCUCAAGGUGGUGUGCCAUGCAUCAAGGAGCAUCCAAACAGUCUGCAAGAAUAAACAUGUCACCUCACUUGCUGUAUUUCAACGGAAGGUCUACUUGGGCUGUACAGAUUCAAGCAUGCAGGAAAUAGACAUAGAGGAAGAAAACGAGGUUGAGAUCAGAGCCCCUACAACGAGCUGGAAAAAGCAAAGGACACCCAUCCAUGCAAUUUGUGUUUACAAAGACUGGGUUUACUGUGCGGGUGCUUCAAUUGAAGGAUCAAAUGCAAAGGAUUGGAGAAGGCGCAGACAGCCUCUGAUCUCAAUCAAAAUGUCAAGGCGAAAUAUUGUGCAGGCAAUGACAGUGGCUGAAGAUUUUCUUUAUUUGAAUCGCAGCUCAUCUCCAAGUACAGUUCAGAUCUUAUUGAGAGAAAAGCGGCAGAGUGUAGGUAGAUUAUCAGCAGGCAGCAAGGUUACCAGUCUCCUUACAGCAAAUGAUAUUAUCUUAUGUGGAACAGAAGCUGGACUGAUCAAGGGUUGGAUUCCUCUCUAACAGGCAAAUGAACCAAUCCAUAACCCGUGCUGUUAAAUAAGCAGGCAUGAACAUGUAGUUGACAAAAGAAAUAAUCAUUUUUAAAUUAUCCACGAAUUUUGCUACUCGGACCUCAAGUCCUAACGGCUAUCUAUAUAAAACCGUUAUAUGUUGGAGUGGGAAAGAUAAGUUCGAAUUGCGUUCAACUUAAAGCAAACGUAUCAUCCAGUGAUCCUGGAAUAAAAAUGUAUACAAAAUUAGUUCGGAUUUCGAUAGUAUUAAUACUGAAGUGUGCAAGUUUAGUAACCUGUUUGAAAUGUUGGCAUAGAAUUGAUCGUUAGUGUAAAAGGAAACAUACGAAAACUGGACAAAU